AUGAGUAACACGCGACCAUUGACGCGCCAAAAUUCUAAACAACAGAAUAGGCAGGAUAGCGGGGAGGUAAUAUUUGACGGGGUUGGUUCAUCGAACCAGAGUAACCAAUCCAGGGUAGUACACUCACCACCUGCGACAACGAGUACGAUAACGCCCAGUACUACCGUUUCGUCCGCGAACUCGACAAUGUCGGUUCCCCCUCCCACGGUACCCAAUAUACCAAGCCUGGUUGUCACUGCAGGCACGCCACUGCAGAACAGACCACCAGUUAGGCGCAGCUUAGGAAAUAACUUGGCGACGGUACCAAGUACCACGUCAAUGGUCACCACGAUGACCACAUCGAUUGUAACAACUACACCGGUUACAGUAACAAAUACACCGAUAACAAUUACCACCACAUCGGGGUUAACCAGAACGAAUAAUUCACCGGCAAUUAAUUCGAAUACGCAAAUAAACCAAAGAAUAAACAAUAAUACUUCGCAAGCGUCUGUGGACGGGGUAAUUUUAGAAAACACCCCACCGGUACAAUUUCCAUCGAUUCAGCCUAAUGCGGGAUCCGUUUCUUAUCCUGGCAUCGCUCCAGUUCCCGCACAGACUGAACAAGGAGCAACUCUUGCUGCUUUAGCUCAAAUUAUGAGUUGCAUUCAAAAUUUGUCCCUUACUUUAAACUCGCAGCGGGAAAAUACUUUACAAGUGCCUGUACAACUUAACACACAAACUGUUCGCACCGUAACUCACAGUUUUGGCGACGGGGAGUGUGGUACAGGACACUUGACACAAGAUACUAGGGCUAUGACGUCUUCAGCCCUCCCGGUGUACGAACAACCUGGUACCAGUGGAACCAUGAAUGUCCACAGUAACUUGGCAGGAAGAAAUAAUAAUAUAAAUAAUAAUUCAAACAUGGACACGAAUAAUAACACCGGCACACAAAAAAAAUAA